CCAAAUUCCAGUUCUAUAAAUGGGCAGUUCUGGGCAGUUCAACUGCAGUGUUAAUGGGAUUGAUGACAGAAAUUUUUAUCUGACUAGAAGCACACUAUUCUCCAAAAGUACGAUAAGUUGUUUUUCAAGUGUCAUAGUUCCAGUGUUUCAAUCUGCAGCUCAGGCUCUGGAGGGUAAUUCAUCUUCUUCAACAAGUCUAAAGGCAGCUCUUGAUGGUGGUUUUGGGUUGCAGUGGUCUGCAAAUAGUGAUCUGUGCAGUCAAUGUGUCACAUCGGGUGGGCAAUGUGGGUAUGAAUCGGGUUCAAGCUCAUUUACCUGCUUUUGCUCAGAUAAAGCUUAUGCAUCCUCAUGCUCUGCAACUCAGAAUGGAUCAACUAAAGGGCUCCAGAUUUGGUUGAAAAUUGGUAUAGCCUUCUCACUCAGUUUUUAUGUUAAGAAAAUAGAAAUAUUUAAUAGUGAGGGAGUGGACACCAAAUAGUGUACUCUAAACAUUAGAUUCAAUUUAGAAUUUCAUGCCUUGGAAAUGUCUGAGAGGGGAACCAAUGAACAAAAGCAACCAUUUAAGAAAUGAUUUCACUCCAUGGGAUAUUAUGGUGGUCUCUUUACAUCAAAAUUAUUGCUACAAAUGUGACAGUUUGAUUUGGAAACUUCUGGACGCAUACAUGGAUGGAUUUUUGUCUAUGAUUUUUUUGUUGCUGUUUUGUAUCAUCUCCUAGGUGGAUAGUCAUGAUUAGCUCAUUGUUUGAAAAAAAUCAUUAAGGAAUUAAUGAAGACGAACAAGAUCUCCCUAUGUGCCCCCGGUGAUGUUCAAACUUAAACAAAAUUAUGAGAUAUAUAGCAGUCCGCAAUUUGUAAAUGGCAGAAACUUAAAUGAGCCAAUUUCCAUAUACAUGUUUGGCAAAUGUUGUAAAUGAGUGAAGUGAUAAAUUAGUAUGCUCUUUCUUGAUAUUGAUGCUGCCAUGAUUGUUAUUAUUAUUCUUGUUAUUGUUGUGGUUAUUAUUAUAUUGUGAGAAGUAGAGAACGUAGCUAAAGGGGUCCACAACAAAUUCAUUUUCUUACUAUUUUUACAUACUUUGACUCAGAGUUUGGUAGGUUAAUUGCAGAGUAUCCAUUUCUGAUUUUGUGUUUUGUUCAAUAUUUGUGUGGCUAUGAAAACAUUGGAGAUUUAUUCAUUCUUUUGUCUAGAACCUGCAAGACUUUACAUUUGAAGUCUCUAGCUAAAGAAAGCUUUUAAAAGGAAAAGAACAGAAAAAGUAUAAAGUUUAUCUGGAAUUGACAUAAAAAAAGUUGAGGAAUUGAUCUUAAGUUAUUGAUUACCUUC